AUGCAGCUAGGGAAAUGUGUAAUAACAUGGUGUGUAGUCCUACUAACAUUACUUCUAAAGAGCAAUUUUGUGAAAUGCAAAAAUUUGAAAAAUAGUAAUCCAUUUGGCGAAAAUACAUCAUGGGGGAGCACACUGAUCAAUAUAACUAAUAGCUCAAGGACUAAGCUAAAAAGAGCAGUGGCAAAAGGUAUGAUAUUACCCCAAAUGAAGAAAAGAAAUACACACAAACACAUUAACAGGGUUACAAAGCGAUUAUGCACGAUUAAUCCGCACAAUAGUGCUAACAAGAGCUGUAGCUUAGAACCAUCGACAAGCGUUAAGAAACACAUGAGAACCAAGUACAACAUGGGAAACGCAAACUACAGAAUACAGAAGGAGUUACAUAACUUUCUGAAUAACCCCCCUAUUAACUGCACCCUAGAUGUACACCCAAAUAAUAUCCGAAUCUGGAUUGUGAAAUAUGUAGGAUUGCAAAAUACUAUAUAUGCUAAUGAAGUUUACAAACUUAAGAUAAUAUUUCCAGAUGAUUAUCCUCUGAAGCCCCCCAUUGUCUAUUUUUUACAGAAGCCACCUAAACAUACUCAUGUGUAUUCUAAUGGAGACAUAUGUUUAAGCCUGCUCGGUGAUGACUACAACCCUAGUUUAUCCAUUUCCGGCUUAGUCCUAUCCAUUAUAUCUAUGUUAUCUUCUGCUAAGGAGAAAAAAUUGCCAAUUGAUAAUUACACACAUGCUGAUGCGAAACCGGGGAGCAACCAGAACAAUUUUCUCUACCACGAUGAUAAAUGCUGA